CUCUCUCUAUAUAUAUACAGUGUCGACAACUCCUUCGCCAGCCAGGUCCCAGCCCAAACCAAAGCUCUUUUUGUUGUUUCAUUUUGUGGGGAAUUUCCCAAUUCCAUCAAACCUAGGGUUCUUCAUCUUCAUCUUCAUCUUCAUCUUCAUCUUCUUCUCUUCUCCUCUUCUCCUCUUCCCUAGAUCCGAUCCAUACUAAUUCGAUUAGGAGAUGAUCUGAAAUCGUGUCUGCGGAGAUGAACAUAAGCCGACCGGCGGUGCAUCCAGUGGAGGCGCCACCUCUCACGGAUGCCGCUGAGAAUCGGCCCAGGGUCCGGAUGAAGGACAUCCAAGGGAUGUCCGGCACUGCUGGAGGCCUCGCCCUUCGCCUCUGCCAGUUCGCCUUCGCGCUUGCCGCUCUUGCUGUCAUGGUCUCCACCAGUGAUUUCACCUCCGUCACCGCUUUCUGCUACCUUGUAGCUGCAGCGAUCUUGCAGAGUCUGUGGAGUCUUUCAUUAGCCAUCCUGGAUAUUUACGCCCUCCUUGUGAAGCGCUGUUUGAGGAAUCCACGAGUUGUCUGCUUGUUUGCUAUUGGAGAUUGGAUCACAUCCUCACUUACAUUUGCAGCAGCUUGUGCAUGUGCUGGCAUCACAGUUUUAAUUGGUAAUGACAUGAACUUAUGUGCAGAGAACCACUGUCCGAGUUUUGAAACAGCCACAGCCAUGGCCUUCAUCAGCUGGUUUGCUGUCUCCCCAUCAUUUUUCUUGAAUUUCUGGGUAUUGGCUUCCCGAUGAAAUGGUGAUUGUAGCCAUCUUCCUAACUGAAUGUGAUGCAGUGUCAUCUCAGGCUUUUCCAUCAUUUUCAUAAUUUCAGUUUAUCCAUAUCCAACUCAGUUUGCCUAUGUAUAUCAUGAUUAGCAGGAUUGAAAAUUUAUAUAGAUCUUUCUGGCCAAAAUUUCAUGUUUGUUAUCCUUUUAAUGAAAAUGCUCAGGUUGCAUAUACACCUUUAUAUCA